ACAAAGAAUCUCAGGAGUGUGAUUUACAAAACAAUUUUUGUUUGAUAAAUCAGCAAGAAGGCCGAAAAACCAUAAAUAAUUUUUGUGGUUCGUAAUGGACAAAAUAACCAUCAAUACCGACAUCCCGUUUUGCCGGCUUUGCUCGUCAUCGGAGCACGAUUUGAUUCCGCUGUUUUCGGGGGAAAAUCAAGUUGAACUGAUGCAGCAAUACCUUGAUAUUCAGUUGAAUUCUCCGAACGAUUUCCCCUGCUACGUGUGUGUCAUUUGUUCCGAGAAAUUAGAGGAGCUGCCGCUUUGUUGCGGAGGAGUAGAUGAGGACGGCAACGACUAUCAGGACGAGGAUCUGGCCAGGUACAAAGAGUUGUGUAAAACCGUUGAUCAGAUGGUCCGAGAUCAGCAGCUGGCGAAUCAACCAGCUGAACCUUUUUCAGAUGCAGAAUCCUUCACCUGCAGCCAUUGUAUGGUGACGCUCGAAACGUACGAAGAAUUCCUGAAGCACGCCCUGGAACUACGUUGUUCCGGAGCAUCGACUGGAUCCAAUCAGGUCAAUGUGACGGUGAAUCAGCCUGAGGAUUCCGUUGAUCUAACAAAAGCGGACGACGAUUGCCUGAUGGUUGGCGACGAUUAUGGGUGUCAUCAAUGCUCUGAGUCAUUUUCCGAAAAAAAAGCUCUCUACAUCCAUCGGAGUUCGGUGCACGAUGAGAAGCUGUGUAAUAUAUGUGGGAUGCAGUUCAAAAGCUACUCUAGCUUGAGCAAUCACUAUCGAGAACAUCGCUUCAAUGUUUAGAGCAAAGUUUUUUUUAUAAGUUUCAAUGCUUAACAACCAUAUUAUAAUGUUAAUUAAUAAUUAAUUAGUUUUAGACCAGUAGCAGACAAAUACUUUUUAUUAGUCUGUCUCGGCACAA